ACCGCACGACUACACCUUCGGUGGGGGCAGCGAAGACGGUGAUCUCUACGACAAUGUGGACACACCCAAGGUGGCUUUUGCAUGCUUCCAGGUGCCGUGGACCGGGAACUCGCACCACCCAGGACUGGACUUAACACCCAACAUGGUGCCCACCGUGCCUGCUGGCCUACCUGUACUGCGACCACUACCCAUUACGUGGCCUGGCACGCACCACGCAGAACGCUGCAGCACCUCACCCUGCACUGAUGUAACUGGAAAGCCUGCCUCACCUGUCAACGUCAGGCACCGGCUGAGACUAUUGGACUGA